UCCUCCCCCAGCAAGGACUCCUCCCGGGGAGAGACUGAGGAGCGGAAAGACAGUGACGAUGAGAAGUCUGACAGGAACAAGCCCUGGUGGAGGAAACGUUUUGUGUCCGCCAUGCCCAAAGCUCCUAUUCCAUUUAGAAAGAAAGAAAAGCAAGAAAAAGACAAGGAUGACAUGGUGCCUGACAGAUAUGCAACACUUCAAGAUGAUCCCAGCCCCAGGCUCAGUGCACAGGCACAAGCUGCUGAGGAUAUUCUGGACAAGUACAUGAAUGCCAUCAAGAGGACCAGUCCCAGUGAAGGAGCUCUCGUGAACUACGACAGCUCCGAGGCUAUUGGGGAUGGUGAGAGCAUGCACGACUCCCCUCGUGAUGAGGCUUUGCAGAACAUGUCUGCAGAUGAUCUCCCAGACUCUGCAAGUCAAGUAGCACAGCCACAAAGUUCUGCUUUCUCCUAUAGGGAUGCAAAGAAGAAGCUGAGAUUGGCUCUUUGUUCAGCAGACUCUGUUGCCUUCCCCAUGCUGACACAUUCGACACGGAAUGGUCUGCCAGACCACACAGACCCAGAAGACAAUGAAAUCGUGUGCUUCUUGAAAGUUCAGCUGGCCGAAGCCAUUAACCUGCAGGACAAGAACCUGAUGGCUCAGCUGCAGGAGACGAUGCGCUGUGUGAGCCGCUUCGACAACAGGACGUGCCGCAAGCUGCUGGCGUCCAUCGCUGAGGACUACAGGAAAAGGGCUCCAUACAUUGCCUACCUGACUCGCUGCCGCCAGGGCCUGCAGACCACACAAGCUCACCUGGAGAGGCUGUUGCAGAGAGUCCUGCGAGAUAAGGAAGUGGCCAACAGGUACUUCACCACAGUGUGUGUGAGGUUACUGCUGGAGAGCAAGGAAAAGAAGAUCAGGGAGUUUAUUCAAGAUUUCCAGAAGCUCACGGCGGCGGAUGACAAAACCGCGCAGGUCGAGGACUUUCUGCAGUUCCUGUACGGGGCCAUGGCCCAGGAUGCCAUCUGGCAGAAUGCCAGUGAGGAGCAGCUGCAGGAUGCCCAGCUGGCCAUAGAGCGCAGCGUGAUGAAUCGCAUCUUCAAACUCGCCUUCUACCCCAACCAGGACGGAGAUAUCCUGCGCGACCAGGUCCUCCACGAGCACAUACAGAGGUUAUCCAAAGUAGUGACUGCAAACCACAAGGCACUUCAGAUACCUGAGGUGUAUCUGCGGGAGGCUCCGUGGCCAUCGGCCCAGUCCGAGAUCCGCACGAUAAGUGCUUACAAAACCCCCCGGGACAAGGUGCAGUGUAUCCUGAGGAUGUGCUCCACCAUCAUGAACCUACUCAGCCUGGCCAACGAAGACUCAGUACCUGGGGCAGAUGAUUUUGUUCCUGUUCUGGUCUUUGUCCUCAUAAAGGCAAACCCACCUUGCCUGCUGUCCACUGUGCAGUACAUCAGUAGUUUCUAUGCCAACUGCCUGUCUGGAGAGGAGUCCUACUGGUGGAUGCAGUUCACAGCAGCUGUGGAGUUCAUCAAAACGAUUGACGACCGCAAGUAACUCACACACCUCUGGGCA